UUUGCUAUCUGAUUCUAAAGAACCUGGUUGGCAUGUGGGUUAGUUCUUUCACGUAGCUUAAGAAUUUUUUUUUUUGAACAUGCUUAAGAGUUUUUUUUUUUAACAUGCUUAAGAGUUAUGUUUCAGUUUUGCUUUCUUAAUGUCACCGCUAAUACAUGUAUAUUCUCGCUGACUUUGAAUUAAAAAGAGUAAUUAUUAACUUGCAUUUGUUUCACUUCUCAGGUUUCAACAUAAAUCACAACUAUACAAGGCAAGAAGAUCAACGCAUUGCGGAAUGGCAAGGUGCAAGAAAGUAUAAGAUCAAAGUGCCUCCAAACAUGGAUGUAUUUGAAGCAGAGUUUGGUGCUGUUACUGUAACUGGAGCAGAGGGGUGGUGUGCUCAGCAAGGAGAAACUAGCUUAGAUUCUAGAGCAGAUGCAGAGAAGGAUGAUGAGUCUGAUUCAGUUGACACUGAUAUGCCACCACCAAGAGAAGGAACCAGUAGUGCUGGAUGUUCAAAGUCAAAAAGAAAGCGUAAGGAAGUUGAUCAAGAGCCUUAUGUUGUACGGAAUGCAAUUCUGGCUGAAAAAAAUAAGAUAGCUGAGAAGAUGGUGGAGAUAAUGGCAGAGGAUCGUGUGUUGUUGCAGCAGGAUCGCAAAUUCCGUAUAGACUCAGUGUUGGAGAUACUUUAUAAGCUGCCUGGAGUAAUAAUGUGGUCACCAUUUCACAUUGGUGCACUUAACCAUCUCAAAGCUAAUGAAGGAAACAGAAUGGCUUUUAUGUCUUUCCCUAGUGAUGAUGAUAAGAUUAGCUAUCUUGAGAAUAUGAUUGGAGUUAAGAUGUAUGAAGGAUUGUAGUUUCUUUUUAAGCCUAUGACUUUUGUUAGUAAGAAUGUUUUAAUAUGACUCAGAUUGUAGUGUUUAAGCGUAUGACUUUUUAGUAAGACUGUUUUAAUAUUAUUCAGAUUGUAGUGUUUCUUUUAA